CAGUAUUACUGCAUAUGGAAACUUCCUGCAGCAAGGUAAACAGUGAUGCCUGCAUGUCAGAGUCAGCGUGGAGCUAGAGUUUUAAAUGGCCAUGAAUGUCAACCACGAAAUGGAGUGCAAGCAUUAUGAGGAAUCUAAACAAAGCAUGCAAUGGUCAAAAACACUUGUAGGACAAAGAUAUGAAUUCUAAGAAGCGAUCAGUGUGUGAGCUGGGAUUCCUGAGAAACUGUGCAGUCUAUUGUGUGGUGGUGGUGGUGGUGCUGCUGUUGUAUAAUGACCCAUUUCUGAUCCUCUGGUGGCCUCAGAGACCUGCAGAGAGAUCCAAGACUGUUGUUUUACCCCUGGAUUUGGCGACAGAUUCUAUCGAUGACAUGUAUGACGGCUGCCGAUCUGAAACUGCAUCUCUGAUAGACUUGUUUGGUGUGUUUGAGUGGAGUUUCAAUAGAAACUUCAGUAAUGCCUGGGCAUUUGUUGAGAAAUAUGCAAAGAAACCUGCACACAAGCACAUACAAAAAGACCAUGCCAUAGUCGUGUUUAUGUUCACGUAUUUGGCGUUCAUCAGACAAGAUUUCAACGAAGCAGUAAAAACAGGAAAAAACAAAUACAAUACUGAUAGAUUUAGGUUCCACUAUUUCUAUUUUUACUUAACUGAUGCCAUUCAGGCUCUGCGUCACGAUCAGAUGUCGUGCAGAACCACCUAUUACAGGUCCCAGUAUCAGUUUGAGCAGAAUCUCAUCAGUGCAUACAUGCGUUUUGGAUCUUUUACUUGGACAACUUCAAGCAAGCAAACAUUUGGAUUCAAUGGCAACACCUCCUGUUUUGAGAUCUACACGUGUUUUGGAGCAGAUAUAUCAUAUUACUCUAGUAUAAACCAAAAGGGGCAAGUGCUCAUUCCUACUUAUGAAGUUUUCAAAAUUACAGAUGUUCUGACAAGUGACCCUUGGUGCAGCGUGGUCUAUAAACUACAGAGCACCAAAAUACCAAGAACAAAUCAAAACUGCAAGCUAAGUCAAAGUCUGACAAAAACAAACUUUUUACCUGGUUUAACCGACUGUGUUGUGAUGUCUGUGUAUGCAGUACUGUUGAUGAUCAUUUCUGUCAUUCUUCUAAAACACAAGGAGAGGUGUUUUGUGACUGCUGUGCUAGGUGCUCUGCUAGUGCUGAUUGUUAUUGUGUUAAUGUUGAGUUAGCUAGCGAAGUACAGAGAUCUCAUGGCAAGAUAAUGAGAAACCUUGUCUGAUAUAACUGAAAGAUAUCUAUGGAGUUUACAUAGAAAUCUUCUAUAAAGCUGUUAAUCUCCUUUCUCAGUAUUCAUGAUUUUAUUCAGUCUUGAACUGCAUCUGUACUGUAUGCUGUGUAAAGUGUUGUGGUUGAUCCACCUUGUGAAUUAUUAUUAAAAUAAACCCUUUGUUGGCAUU